AUGAAUUGUGAAGCUUUGAUGAAUCAAGAUGAGCACAUCCAAUCAAUUUUGCACAAACAGUCAAAGCAAAUGCGAAGUGAUUAUCGUAUCCGUCUCACUGCUUCGAUUGAUUGUAUUAGAGUUCUGUUACGACAAGGGAAUUCAUUUCGGGGUCAUGAUGAGACUGAACGUUCUCUUAAUUCGGAUAACUUUCUUAUUCAACUGGAGUUUUUAGGUGCUCAUAAUAAAGAGAUUAAUGAUGUGAUAUUGAAAAAUGCUCCUAAAAAUUGUAAGUUAACAUCACCGAAUAUUCAGAAGGAUAUAGUAAGGGCUUGUGCAACUGAAACAAUUAAUGUUAUUAUCAAAGAUAUUGGUAAUUCAUUAUUCUCUAUUUUAGUUGAUGAAUCUCGUGAUGUGUUAAUGAAGGAGCAAAUGUCAGUUGUUUUACGCUAUGUGGAUAGUAGUGGGCAUAUAAAUGAGCGUUUUAUUGGAAUUGAACAUAUUACUAGUACUAUAACACUCUCACUUAAAGCUCUUCAACUAGCUCUUAUAGCUGUGGCCAAGAAAAAUCUUCCGAUUUCUAAUUUCUUUCGUAUUGUUGGUGAUGUGGUAAAUGUUGUUGGAUCAUCCUGCAAACGUUAUGAUCUUCUUAAGGAGAAACAUUCAGAUUUUAUUGUUGAGGCACUAGAGAGGGGUGAAAUUUCAAGUGGUCGAGGGCUUAAUCAAGAAACUACCCUUCAACGUGCUGGGGAUACACGGGGGUCACAUUACAAUUCUUUGAACAGUUUGAUUUCUAUGUUCUCUGCUGUCAGUGAUGUGCUUGAAAUGAUUUCAGAAGAUGAUUCCAAUUUCAUCAAUGUGGAUGAUGUUGGCUUGAUGCUUGAAAAUUAUGAACAACUUUUGAGUGCAUCUUAUAACCAAGAAUCUAUUUGA